AUGCUUCGAACAUCUUUCCGCCAGGCCGCUGUGGCCCGUCCCCUCCGCUGCUUCUCCACCACCGCCCGCGUCAUGACCGAGGGUGCUACCGGCUCGCCUCCCAAGACUGGCGGCGCAGGCGACGCGUUCCAGCGACGGGAGAAGGCCAACGAGGAUUACGCCAUCCGCCAGCGCGAGAAGGAGAAGCUCAUUGAGCUCAAGAAGAAGCUCGUCGAGCAGCAGGGCCACCUCGACCGCCUCUCUAAGCACAUGUACGCCAACCACCCUGCCUCCCCAAUUGAAACCCCCACAAUCCCAACCAAGCUCGAGACCAUGCUGACCCUCUUCUUCUUCUCCUCCUUACAGUGA